CCGGUUAAUAAACACCCUAUAUUAUUUAAAGUUCAUCUACUAUGAUAACAAAAGUUGGCAGUGGGGUGUACGAUGUUCGGGUCAUGUCCUCCAUUUUGUGUAUUUGAUCAGUGAGAUGGCGCUCGUGUGACGUAGCCACAUUAUGUGUUAUACUCACCUGAACUGAUAUGCGAGUAAACGACAUUUGAGUCCCGGGUGUUACGGUAUAAAGAUAUCAAAGCUUUAUCAGAGUACUUAUCUUUGUGAUAGUGUGUUGUGCGGUUUUUUGGAUAUAAUAUUUAUUAUUAUUAUUAUUAUUAUUAUUAUUAUUAUUAUUGGAUAUGGACCUUAAGUCAGAACCGCCACAAACUCAAGAGGAAACCUCGGAGCAACAAGUGAAGGCAGAAAAAAUCGAACAAGAGCCAAUAGCUGAAGAAGGUACAACCGUUAAAGAGUCAGUAGCGGCAAUCAAGCAGGAAGAACCACCCAGUCAACAGGAGUCAGUGGUGUCUGAAGAUAAUAUUAAAACUGAGGAUGAAACGUCGAUGGUUGUUACUGAGCAGAGUGUGCUAAUGCAGUGUAAGGAAAGUGUUGUUAGUACUGUGGGAAGUGUUAAUCCGACGGUUAUUAAAAGGCACGUGUUGACUACGGCAGGUAAAAUAGAAUCGGCGGAUGAACAACUAGAAGUGCAAAACGAAGAAGUGGUAAAUACAUCAGAUGAAAUAAACCAAGACGAAGGCGACAAGCCCAAAAUUGAAUCCCAAGAGGUAGUGCCAUAUGAAAUAAUAAGCCAAGAAUCUAGUUCACAGUCGGAACACUAUACAACUGAACCUAAUUCUGAAACUUACCAUCAUACCACCACAACUACCACUUUCCAACAACAAUCCGGUCAGCAACAGCAAAUUUAUACUCUUGAAAUUACGAAUUCUGAUGGGGCAACGGUGCCUGUCACUAUCGAAAGCACUACUAUUGAUGCAUCAGCUGACUACGCAAAUUUGGAGACUGCUCAGUAUAACAAUAAUGGACAGUACCCUACUGAUGGAACCCAGUAUUUACAGCAGCACCAGUAUAGUGCUAUGCAGUUUCAAAUGGAAAGGGGCGCGGUUGAAAGUCCCCCUAUUCUAAAUGAUAACGUGCUGGUGAGAAACACUGACCCUAAUUUAGCAAGCACCAGACAUUACCAGGAUUUGCGUUUCUCAAACAACUUCGAGCAGCAGCUGAACCAGAUCACCCUGACUUCCCCACAAACUGGGCAAACUUACCAACUCACCUCAGCCUCCACCAGUUCGGAUUCCUGGAGUUCUCCGGGUACCACACCUCACCACUACCCCGGUGGCUACCAGGGUGCUACCGUAAGCGUGCACCAGGCGGACAGUAGCACCGCACAGGCCCAGUACUAUGCGAGUUGGACGGAAGAGGGUGCGAGUGCGGCCGGCAGUAACCAAGGAGGCACGGCGGUGGGGCAUCAAAGGCCAUCCUCAGAGGUACUAGUCAAAGAGUGCGUGAAUUGUGGGGCGAGCGUGACGCCAUUGUGGCGCAGGGACGGGACCGGGCAUUACUUGUGUAACGCCUGUGGCCUCUAUAAUAAAAUCAACGGCGUGAACAGACCGCCAAUACGGCCAACGAAAAAACCCCAGGCGGCAAACAACAGAAGAAACGGAGUGGCAUGCGCCAACUGUAAAACCACUAACACCACACUAUGGAGAAGAAAUAACCAGGGAGAACCUGUGUGUAAUGCCUGUGGAUUAUACUUUAAACUUCAUGGCGUAAAUCGGCCAAUUAGUAUGAAGAAAGAGGGUAUUCAAACUAGAAAAAGGAGACCAAAGAAUACAUCAUCGGUUCAUAAUGGUUCUGCAGUUCCCACAAUUUCACAAAGAAUAGGUCCUUCUACGCUAAACUACUACAGUAUCCCACAAGAAAAUGAAAUAACCAUGGAUCAGUACCAGUUGCCUCAUAAUAUCGCUCCUGGAAAUUUGCAUUACCCAGCCCAGUACCAUAGGCAGAUCCAGGCGAACGAACAUGGAAUGGUUAGGCAUAUAAGCAAUGUUCCACCCCUCCAACCAAUAAUGACGGUAGAAGAUGAACAUGGAAGGGUAAUUACAUCUACCUCACCCCAAAUGAGAUAUGUAACCACAGAAGAAGCUACCGAAGAGACUGAAAUGCACUAGCUGUAAUUUAUUUUAUUCCUUUUUGUACUUUUUUUUGUAAAAUAUUUUGUAUUAAAUAUUUAUUUAAUAAUUGUAAUGAUAAUAUAUGCUAGUGUAUAAAGUUUUUUAGAUAAAAAGUUGCCAUUUUAUAGUUAGGUGUAAUAUUAUAAAAUGUUUAUCGAAUACAUUGAUAAUAAUAAUUUAUGCGAAUGCAAUAUGAUUUUGCAUUUUAAUAAAUGUUUAGGAGUUGAUUAUGUA